UCCUGGGGCGCGUGCAGCUGCUCUGCGCACACACGGAAGUGUGAAACAUGACAUGCGGGAGGCCUUUGAACAAGGGCGACCAGUUCAUGGCAUCAAAGGUCCAUCGGCACUGUUGCGACUGAAGGGCUUCAACCUUGUGUGGUGCCUUCCGCCUGAUUAUAUGCAUUGCGUGCUCGAAGGUGUGCCUCAGCAACUAACAGAAAUGUGGCUGGCCGGGUCUGGGAUGGCCUUCUAUAUUGGCCGGCAGCUGCAAGAAGUGGAGCACCGCAUCCGGGACCUGAGGCCACCUGUGUCAUUCUGUCGCCUCCCUCGCCCUAUCAGUGAACGCAAGUACUGGAAGGCAACUGAAUGGUUAUAUUGGCUGUUGUUUUAUUCCUUGCCAUGUCUGAAAGGGGUCCUGCAUGAUAGGUACCUCACACAUUUUUCUUUACUUUGUGAAACAGUUUUUCUGCUUUUGCAGGCAUCUGUAAGUGAAUCCGACCUUCGGAAGGCUGACCAACUUCUGUGUUCUUUUGUAAACAGAGUUUGUGUGCUGUACGGGGAAAGUAAUGCCACUUUCAAUGUGCAUCAACUGUUGCACUUGAGCAAAAGUGUGGAAAUGCUUGGACCACUAUGGGGAACAUCCACGUUUCCAUUUGAAAACGGUAACGGUCUGCUUGUAAAACUAGUUACUGCAGCAAAAGGGGUGCCACUGCAGAUUGCAGAGCGCUGUAUUAUGAAGUCAUGGCUGAAGACAGCUAGUAGGGUUGUAAGUCUGCCAGAAUCCCUUGCACAGCGAAAAAGAAAAAUCACUCAGACACCUGCCACUGAAGUGAAAGGCAUAAAGUAACUUGGAGCACCGUUAAGAUCACUGCACUUAGAACCAGCUGCCACAGAGCUGUUCACUCACACAUACGGGACAGUUCCACAUUUGAUUCACUAUGCUAGGCUCCAGAUUAACUCCAUUCAUCUUCAUAGUACCCACUACAGUCAUGCCCUGAAAACAUGCUCCAGCUGUGUUAAAAUGAGUGAUGGUAUGUUUUGUUUGGUAACCAACAUUUGUUCUUUUUUCCUAACUGAGCAGAAGAUUGUUCUCGUGUGUCAAGAGUUAGUACCAAUAGAACCUGAUUUUAGGAAUGUAACUUACAUGCAUUCCUGUAGACGCCCGCCUCCUGAUAGGAACUUCAUACUUUACUCUCCUGAGGACGUUUCUGCAGUGUGUGUGUUAGUUGAGCAAGGAAGUACGCUUUACAUCUCAGAAAUCCCAAAUUGUCACAAAAUUGACUAAAUGACCAUACAUGUCUUAGUUUCCAAUCACUGCCUACCAUUUCCCAGCAAGGGGAGAACCCUGAUAUGUAUGUAUAUGCUCACCAUAGCUUUCUAUAGAUAAGAAAUAAUGAUGAACAGCAGCUUGCUGCAUGUAAAGUGGGCAACUUGUGAGGGGCUUCACAAAAGUUGGGAAAAUGUGAAAAACAGACACAAACUGGGUGCAGCUCUCAUUUCCACCACCACACGUGGCAACCAGCACACCUUGUGUAUCAGUGUGCUGAUGGCUGUGCAGCUUAGAGGAAGUGUUACAAUCGUUAAGUUUGUUUUCAUGCCAUGUUUCACUGAUUCCGUAAUUUAUUUUUCAAUGAAUGUGCCAGACUAUUAAGUGCUUCCAAACCACCUCAGGGUAGAAAACUUGCUACAUAUAGCAAAGGUCUCAAAAUUACCUAAGCUAGCGGGCUGCAGUCACUAAAGUUAGUCUCUCAAGGGCUGUGAGAGUGAAAGUUGGAGGGGGAGGUGAUGAAAAUGGCAACUAACAUUGCCAUUUAAAAGAAGGCCUUUCCCAUAUCUCAAAUUUACAGGUCACUUCUUAAAGAGAUUUGGUGGUAGGAUUCGAAAAACAUACUGCUACUGAUCCACAGAACGGCUAAAAUCUGGACACCAUGGUUUUGGAAUACAUGCUUUGAAAUACACACUUUUGUUUCACGGUUAUGUUAACACAUGGUGACUGCGUAAUGUGCCUCUGAAAAUAUAAAUGCUAAAAAGAUUCACAUCUGUGUAGCUUAACCAGAACAAAGCGAUAUUAUUAGUUGCAGCUGUUAGGCGAAAAAAUACCUGUGUCACACCGGCACUUUUGAACGGCAAUCUAGUCGAAGGCCAUCGAAACGCCACAACUCACUUUAUUCGAUGAAGUUGUCCUGCUGCUACACGGCAGUUCUGAACGGCCUUUGAGUUGUUCAGGCUUCUCUCGCAAAAAUUGUGCGACACUGCGCAUCUUUAUUUUCAUAUUCAUGUCACCAAAAGUUAAAUAAUACAAAUCCGCUUAAAAUAACAAAUAUGCCUGUUGUUCUUGUUUAAACAUUUUAAUAAAUUGUUUAUUUGUAGUUAGAAAUACAUAUUUAUUUUUAAGUUGUUGAGCAGCGAAACUGUGGCGAGCGAUACAUGGCAACAGGGCAUGAUGAAGACAGCUAUUGUGGAGAGUAUGUGCAGUUCACACAUUUCAAGUGGCACAAAUACUUCAAUAAAUAAUUGAUAACGCACAUAUACUGCUUUCAAGCAUACUGGUUAAAGUUUUCUUUUUCUAAUCAUGAGAUACGAACACAAUGUCAACGAGAGAGCAUGUUCGCGCCGUUUCCGCUUCCGUCGCUCAAUGGCCAUCGAAGCAAUCGAAAUUUCAAUGGAGUGGGGUGCUUCGUUGACUCAAUUUACUAUUGACUCGAUGGCAGUGGCGUACCAACUCCUUCGCGAGUGGGGGG